AUGGCGCCACGCGCCUUGGUGACCGUGUUCCUGCUCUCUCUGGCCGUCUGCGCCUUGGGAAGCAUCACCACCACCACUACCACCACGAACCCCGCGGGCAACCCCACCAGCAACAACGCCCAGGGCAGUGCUCUUGACAAGACGACUGUUGCCACCAACCCUGCCGGCAACCAACCCCCCGGCCAGCAGGGCCGUCGUCUCAAGAGCAUCACCCACACCACCACCACUACCAACCCCGCCGGCCAUCAAGUCACCAACAGCGCCCAGGGCACUGCCCUGACCAAGACGACCGUCGCCACCAACCCCGCCGGCCAUGAGCCCCCCGGUGAGUCCGUGCCUGCGUUUUCGGAGCUGGUCAUUCCAUCAGAUCUUGACGCAUGA